UGAAAACAUUAAGGACCAGAGUGAUCCCAUUACCUUGAGGCAGGGUUGAGAGGGUAUGAUAUAAAAGACUCUCAGUAGAUCUAGGAUUCAACAACAGAUCCAAGAAACUUAGCUUGUUUUUUUCUGAAUAUCAACCAGGUCUAUCCACAUCACAGAGCCAUGUCUUCUCAGCAACAGAAGUUGUCAUGUACCCCACCUCCCCAAGCUAACCAGCAGCAGGUGAAACAGCCCUGCCAGCCACCUCCUCAGGAUCCAUGCGCCCCCAAGGCCCCAGAACCUUGCCAGCCUAAGGUGCCAGAGCCAUGCCGCCCCAAGGUCCCAGAGCCAUGCCAGCCAAAGGUCCCAGAUCCUUGCCAGCCUAAGGCACCAGAGCCAUGCCAGCCAAAGGUCCCAGAUCCUUGCCAGCCUAAGGUGCCAGAGCCAUGCCGCCCCAAGGCCCCAGAACCUUGCCAGCCUAAGGUGCCAGAACCAUGCCGCCCCAAGGUCCCAGAUCCUUGCCAGCCUAAGGCACCAGAACCAUGCCGCCCCAAGGUCCCAGAUCCUUGCCAGCCUAAGGUACCAGAGCCAUGCCGCCCCAAGAUCCCAGAGCCUUGCCAGCCUAAGGUACCAGAGCCAUGCCAGCCGAAGGUCCCAGAUCCUUGCCAGCCUAAGGUGCCAGAGCCAUGCCGCCCCAAGCUCCCAGAUCCUUGCCAGCCUAAGGUGCCAGAGCCAUGCCGCCCCAAGCUCCCAGAUCCUUGCCAGCCUAAGGUGCCAGAGCCAUGCCGCCCCAAGCUCCCAGAUCCUUGCCAGCCUAAGGCGCCAGAGCCAUGCCGCCCCAAGGUCCCAGAGCCUUGCCAACCUAAGGCGCCAGAGCCACGCCGCCCCAAGACCCCAGAUCCUUGCCAGCCUAAGGUGCCAGAGCCAUGCCGCCCCAAGACCCCAGAUCCUUGCCAGCCUAAGGUGCCAGAGUCAGGCCGCCCCAAGACCCCAGAACCAUGCGUCACCAAAGGACCAGACCCUUGUUCCAUCAAGAUCGUUACACCUCUACCCCAAGAGAAGUGCACACAGGUCCCCAAGGCCAAGUAGAAGUACAACAGCCCAGGAUGACACCCUCCACAGGACCAGUCACCAGAUGUGCCAUCAGCUUUCUAAUCCUAAUUGCUAGCUGUACUUCCAGGGAGAGAGUUCUCCCCUGGUGCUUUUCAGCUUAUAAUUAAUAUGCUGAAGUUAAUUAGCAAUGGUCCUUCCCUUCAUUUGGGUCCUGAAAAUGCUACAGAAGUCUGUCCCCCCCUAGGAUUCCUAAGCACUUGGAUCAGCUAAAGUUGCAUCUGCCUGAGCUGGCCCUCUGGCUACACGGCUGUCAGGGCUGGAAUCAGGAUAAAUCCAGCAAGGUUUAAGUUCAGGAGUGACUUUCUAUUCUGGUCCCAUUAAACUCAUUUUCCAUGUGAC